CCAAUUUGCAAAACAAUCGUAACUAUGACGAGCAAUUCGAGUACCAGUACACUUACCACGUGCAGAAAUUUAGAUAGGAGCGGAGAAAUUAAGCACGCUCAGACACCAGUAAAUUGCAGCAUUCAGCAGUCACAUAGUCCACAACUGCCUAUAUCUUCGCCUAGUUAUCCUGUACAAACUUUUCUAUCAUCGGACUUCGAUUGCUCCAAAAUUACCAUUGUAGAAAGUGACAAGCUUUUUAAUGGUGUAAGUCAUUCCAAGCAGCCUCCAGUUUUACAGCCAGCUACAAAUACCAAUUUGGAAAUCGGUACAAACGAAUGUAAAAGUGCCGUGUCUUUUUGGGACCUUCAUUUGCCAUAUUCGACGGCCAGUACCUUCAAUGUGCAAGUACAGGAACGAGAAAGCAUGGGUAAUAUAACAAUCAAAGAUUUGUUAUCACAGAGUGCCAAUAACAAGGCACUCGUGGACGAUGAGAACAAUACUCAACCUACACUAAUGGGCAACGAAAGUUCGUGUGUUGUGCUAAAUGUGCCUGCAGUAAACUGUCAUCAACCUCCCUUAAAAAAGCAAAAAGUUAGCAAAAUAGAUAUCGCGACAAAAAGGAGGAAACAACUAAGAGAACGUCGCCAUUUAAAAAUGAAUUGCAUAAAAUCAAAAUCAGUAAGUGAAAGUGAUACUGCAAAAAUUAAAAGGGAAAGAAUUGUCUUUGAAAGGAUUACGACACAUAAAGGAACCGUUACGAACUUUGGCGUGCCAGUAUUUGGAUUUUCAGAUAGCUCCAGUUCGAGUUCAUGCUGUAGUUCUGAUUAUGAAAGCGACGUUGCCGAUGUUGAGGCAGUAAAUGUAAAUGACGCUCCCUUAGUGUUGGAUUUCGCCAAAGAGAAAGUACAAUUCCUGAAGUUAUUUGGGAUUGUAACGCAUAGGAAGAGAAACGCUGUAGAGUUAUCAAAACUUGAGCGACGGAGAUGGCAACCCAAUUGGAUUCCUCCUACUGAACAUUCAUCAAAAUUAGUUUUGGAUUUACCAGUGCCUUCAAUUACUGCUUCUUCGAUGGGAAAUUCAUUGAAGAUGCACUUCAUGCACGUCCUCGGAUUACAAACCUUUCCAGCUGAUAUAAAAUAUG